CACAAUGGAUCAGCGAUAGCAUUUUACCCACAAAGAAGUUGGGCCGCAUGAGGUAGGAGUUUGCUCCUGUACUCAUCGAUUGCCACUCAUUUUUUCGCCAUUCUCAAAUCGACCGCUGUGACUGAAUCCCUCGUGUCGUGUUGGAUCCUGAUAACUUGUAAGAGGUAUACCCACUUUUGAUCAUUUGUGCCUGACAGUCGUGCCACAUGUUGCCGCCGUCUUCAGGCGACGCGAAUCAAAUGGAUUGGGAUGAUUUUGAACAGAGGGCUGGCCGCGCAAUUCCUGACCGGCCUCUGGGACCAAGGCGAUGCUGGAUUGGUGUUCUGCUGCAUGACAAAGACCCUCAACAGCCGCUCCAUGAGCUCGACUUCCAAUGGAUGAUCGGUCACUCGCAAAGAGUUUCGAAAUUCUGUUUGAUCUCGCGAAAUGGAAUAUUGCCGAAGCACAAGAUCCUCAAGGAAAUUAUGGACGAGGGAUCCGGGCUCUUUGUCUUUCGAGCUGUCCACCCUACCACUCCAUCGCGGUCUGCCAGCUCAUCAGCGCCUUCCCAACAGAUAUCGCAUGAGGCAUCGAGUCCGAUCGGCGCAACUGGUGCUUCACAUCCUGUUCAUCGUGUUCCAAAUCAACCUCAAGCUAGAAAUGGACUGCGUGUAUCGAUGUCCGACUCAAAUCACGUACGGAUGUCGCCACAGGUGCCUAAUGGAAAAAACAUGCCAAUAGGCAUCAUGUCCUCGUCGUCUCAAAAUUCUUUGCGUGGAACAGAUCGUAAUCUUAAAGAGCGGUUCGAUCACAAUCAAAAGUACUCCGAGCCAUCGCGAAUACAGACUGCUCCGGUAGCGCCUGUCGUCUCAGCCUCUACUUUCACUUCCUCGGCUGCAGUGCAACCGAACAGUGACGAUCCAACUCAUGUUGCUGUAGAAACAGAAGCUAUCAAGACGGAGCCAUUCCAGAACACUCCCUUCAUUCAACCGAAUGUGGAAUCUCCUUCGCAGACUCCAGGUCAUACGCCGCCCGCAAGUGCGUCUCAGACAAACAGCAUCAGUAGGUCUGAUUUUCUUAACAGGGUUGAGGAGGAGCCAUCUCAACCGUUUGACGCUGCGGACUUUUUCAAUCGUGAACCAUCACCAGAGCAGGAUCAUGGCGGGUACAAGCCUGCAGAUGAGCUCAUUCGAGGAAUCACUAACCAAGAGAAUCCGGAGGUACUCGAGGCAGGCGUGCAACGAAGUCUCACAGUGCUAGAGGAAUUCAAGCAGGCGUUUUCGACACAUGCUGCCUGCAUUCCGGACGCUCAAGCCUAUGUGGAGUCGAUCGACAAGCUAAUUCCUCAGGCGAAGCGGAAGCGCACGGUAGUGGGAGUGGUCGGGAACACAGGCGCCGGAAAAUCGAGUGUGAUCAAUGCACUACUUGAUGAGGAGCGCCUGGUUCCCACAAAUUGUAUGCGUGCGUGCACGGCAGUCGUGACAGAGAUGUCAUGGAAUGAAAGCAAGGAUCCACUAUCGAAGUACCGGGCAGAAGUUCAGUUCAUCUCACGAGCAGACUGGGAGAAGGAAGUCACAAUGCUGAUGAAGGAGUUUCUGACCGAGAAUGGUGCUUUACAGCGUGAGGCGUCUGAUCCAAGUACCGAUGCAGGCAUUGCAUGGGCCAAGUUUCACGCUGUACAUCCGAGGGUUGCUCGAGACGAGCUUAGCAACUGCACGGUGGCUCAACUCAUGUCUGACCAAGGACUACAUCUGCUUGGAACGACAAAGAUGAUCAACUGCUCAUCACCGCAGCGAUUCUAUCAAGAGCUGCAAAGGUACGUAGACAGUAAGGAGAAGGUCACGAAGAAGGACAAAAAGGACAAGACUUCAAGGUCUUUCGAGAUGGAGUACUGGCCACUGAUCAAGGUUGUCAAGAUCUAUACAAAGGCACCAGCGCUCUCAACAGGCGCUGUCAUCGUCGAUCUUCCGGGUGUUCAUGACUCCAAUGCAGCGAGAGCAGCAGUAGCUCAGACCUACAUCAAGCAGUGUACUGGCCUGUGGAUCGUCGCUCCUAUCACUAGAGCAGUAGACGAUAAGGCAGCAAAAACGCUACUUGGUGAUUCGUUCAAAACACAACUGAAGUAUGACGGUGGUUUCUCCAGUGUGACAUUCAUCUGUUCGAAGACAGACGAUAUCUCAAUCACCGAAGCCAUCGACACAUUAGAGCUUCAUGAAGAAGUGGAGAGUCUGUAUGAACAGCAAGACGGGCUUGAUAAAGCGAUAGUCGAAUUGAAAACCCGGAUAGAGGAUCUCAAGGAGUCUCAGAAAGUGUAUCAAUUGGCCGGGCGCGAAGCUGCAGAUGACAUCGAGAUCUGGGAAGACCUGAAGGAUCAACGUGAUGAUGGAAAGGAAGUCUAUGCGCCGGCCCCUAAAGCUGCCAAACGCAAGAAGGAUAGCGCCGCGACAAAGUCUCGGAAGAGACAUCAAAUGGAUGACGAGGACUCAGACACAAACUUUGUUAUCGACGAUGAGGAUGCAGAAGAGACCGAGGACGAAGCCAGUGACGAAGAGGUACAGGCCCCACAAAAGCCCCUAACCGAGGAUGAGAUCAACAAGAAGCUCAAAGAGCUCAGAGAAACGAAAAAGACCGCUAGGCGUGAGGGACUCGAGAUCAAUCCUCAAAUUGAGGAAUUGCGACCUCGUAUUCGUGAGGCGCAGACCAAAAGCAAAGCCAUCAAGGCAAAAAUCAGCGGGAUAUGCAUAUCCGGACGCAACGAGUAUUCGAAAGAAGCCAUACAGAACGACUUUGCUGCCGGUAUCAAGGAACUUGAUCAAGAGAACGCAGCCGAAGAAGACGAAGACAAUUUCAACCCCGAUGAGGAGCAGCGAGACUAUGAUCAGGUUGCCAGAAGCCUACCUGUCUUUUGUGUGAGCAGCCGCGCGUACCAAAAGAUGUGCGGACGGUUACAGAAAGACGAUACAGUGCCAGGAUUCAAUACCCCGGAAGAGACUGGAAUUCCACAGCUGCAAGCACAUUGCAAGAAGCUUACAGAAGCUGGUCGUGUCCAGAACUGCAGGGGUUUUCUAUUGAGUGUCUGCCAACUGCUGACAACGUUUACGAUUUGGGCGUCCAAUGAUGGUAUCGGGUUGGAGAUGACGGAAGACGACAAACAGAGGCAGUUCAAGUACAUCAACAGGCGGCUCGAAGAGCUCGAAGACGGCCUGGAGGCAUGCAUCAAGGCCUGUCUAAACGCGAUGAAGCGGGAGAUGAACGAUCAGAUCUUUGACAAGUAUCCCGACUUGAUUCAAGAGGCUAUUGCAGGAGCACCAAGCACGGCCGCCAGGUGGGGCGCCCAUCGAGAUGAAGGUGGUCUGUUAUGGGCCACGUACAAAGCAGUUGUGCGGAGGUUUGGUGUGUACCACUCGGCUGCAGCAGGACAUCGUGACUUCAACUCGGAACUUGUUGAGCCAAUAAUCAAGAACUUAGCAACCGGGUGGGAGCGUGCGUUUCAGAACCGUUUACCAAAGGCUUUCGCUACAUUCAUUGCAGACUCGGGCAAGAUCCUGCACAAGUUUCACGAGGCUGUUGAAGCGCGCGCACGAGAUAAUGGGAUUGGACUUGCCAGUCUUUCGACACUCAAGACCCAAAUCCAUACGUACGAGAAGCUAUUCGGCGAAUUGAACCAGGCGCUCAUCCACAGCAUGACGGAGAUGCAGCGUGAGGCCAACCGCGACUUUGCACCCACCAUCUUGGACAUAAUGCAGACGGCGUACCAAACUUGCGUAGACGAGCACGGCCCUGGCAGCUUCAAGCGAAUGAAGGCAGCCAUGGGAGAGCAUGUGGAGCGCAACCGUCAUCACAUGUUCAACAAAGCUACCAUGACAGUCAAGGGCCAUCUCGAUGCAAUGUGCCGCUCACUCCUGGAGCUGAUGGAAGUCCGGGCAGACCGGAUUUACAUCCAGAUGAAGGCCGACUACAUGCGCGUUCUCGGCGGCGUCCAGCUUAACCCGGAAGCCGUCAGGCCUCGCGAGGAAAGGACCCUGCGAGGAGAUAUCAUGGAAAGGCCGCGUGAUGUCAAUUCACAGUUUGAAGCGAUUUCAAACGGAGAGCUCGCUCCAGCAGACAAGAGCGUGGUUGAAGAGCACGUGGCGGCAGACGAUGAAGAGAGCCUGCCUUUCGCCUCUGCUGCAGGUUCCCCGGACACACCCAACGCAAGCAAAAACCCGUCCACACAGGAUGCCCUUAUGCAGGACGCCAUUAUGCAGGACACGCUUAUAGAGGACAUCACCGGUGCCAGUGAUUGAGCAAUUCGGCAUUGGCGGACGAGGUAUUGGAUGUUGCUGUUGUCCUGGGACGGCGUUGACGACGGUUAUGAAGCUUUUUCUUUUCUUUUGCGGGGUUGGGGAGGUGUUGCAUUAGGGCGGCGUUGACAGGGUGAAGAUAUCAGGGUUCCAACAUUGCUACAGAGUUUUUCGAGCGGCAUAUGGGAGGCUUUGAGAUGGCGCACAGCCAGCACACGGCGUUGGUGGUUUUGUUCUACUCUUGUCCUGCAGGUAAACACAUGCAAUGACGAAACGAUGUCAUGAUGAAUUGAGGGCUCGAAGAAGCAUGGUCUGAGAUGAAAGAGCAGAGCCGUCUUUUCCUAUCUAAUGAUAAAGCCCAAUCCGCUAAAACGCCGAUGUCGUAAGCCAAAAUGCACGCGUCUAGUCGUCCCACUCCUCGUCCAGCUGGUCGAUGAGGCGGUUCUCGCUCUCGUCGCGGCGGCCGCGGCCGCGGCUGUCGG